AUGCACAUGGUAUAUUCAGCUGACGAGAUCGAAGCGGCCAAAAGUCUGCAGUACUUGGGGUACAUAUGCACGUCGAUAGCGACAUUCUGGUCGCGCUGGACUAAGGUAAAAGUCCUUUAUAUCAUUGCGCGAUAUGUCCCCUUUCUAUUCGUCAUCACGGACAUAUUUCUGAAUUUCGCCCCGAAUGAGAACACCAGAAAAUGCAAGAUACUGGUCUACAUUUACUCAAGCUUUUUUGUGCUCAGGACAUAUGCGCUUUGGAACAGUAAUAAGAUCGUACUUGUAGCCAUGCUAUCUGCCCUUUUUGCUGUCAUGGCAUCGUUCAUCGGCAUUUGUUUUAGCGCGAUCGUUACUUCUUAUGUCACGACCAGCGCGAUCCCAGGUAUCACAGGCUGCUACCGGAGUUCAACCCGCGUCCAAUUUUUCCUGCCAUUUCUUCUCUUGUUUAUCUUUCAACUGGGACUUGUCUCCUUGACACUCAUACGUGUCGUCCAAACCUGGCGAACGUCCAACAGCGAUAUUUACGCCGUUCUGGUGAAGCACAACAUAUUUUACUAUGCGUGCGGUCUGUUUCUCUCGGCUGUGAAUGUCCUUGCGCCAAUAAUGUUUUCUGAUGCUGUAUAUUACUCCCUCCUCGAAGAUUUGGAGGCCUUUGUCCUUGCGCUUCUCGCCACGCGCAUGCACCUCCAUCUCUGGCAUAUCGACCGCCACGCGUAUAGCCCCGAGAUCUUCACGUGUAUUUCCAUGUCCGACAUGUCAUCUGCAUCUGCAGAUCGUACGGUCAUUACGGUGUGA